UACACACACACACACACACACACACAGCGCCAUUUGCUUCACACACACGUGUGUUCUGUUCCGCAGCGUGUCAUGAGUUCAAACCGGAGUUUGUAAUACUAAUAACUCAUCAUAUAAAUCAUCAUCAUCAUGCCGAAGGUGAAGAAGAGUAAAGGCGCUCCGGAGCGCAGCGGCGCCGGUUUGUCUCUGGCCGAUCAGAUCCUGCAGGGAGACGCGCUCCGGUCCAGCGGCCGAGUGAAGAACCGGAGCCGCGCCGAGGAGGAGCAGGAGUACGUGGACGAGAAACUGUCCAGAAAGAUCCUCCAACAAGCCCGAAUACAACAGGAGGAGCUGCAGAGCGAGUUAGGACUCACACCAGACACCAAAAGACAACCAGCCACUCAACUAGGUCCGAGCACACAGGAUGGAGACUCUGAUGAGGAGUGGCCGGCGCUGGGCGAUGACCGGGGGGAGACGGGCGAUGAGGUGGACGUGGACCCUGAGGACGAGAAGGCCAUCGAGAUGUUCAUGAACAAGAACCCACCUCUCAGACGCACGCUAGCCGACAUCAUCAUGGAGAAGAUCACGGAGAAGCAGACGGAGGUGGGCACCGUGAUGUCCGAGGUGUCUGGACACGCCGCUCCUCAGCUGGACCCGCGAGUGGUGGAGGUGUACAGAGGCGUCAACAAGGUCCUGUCCAAAUACCGCAGCGGGAAACUUCCCAAAGCCUUCAAGAUCAUCCCGGCUCUGUCCAACUGGGAGCAGGUGCUGUACCUCACCGAUCCGGAGACGUGGACGGCCGCCGCCAUGUACCAGGCCACCAGGAUCUUCUCGUCGAAUCUGAAGGAGCGAAUGGCUCAGCGCUUUUACAAUCUGGUGCUGCUGCCCAGGGUCCGAGACGACAUCGCCGAGUACAAGCGGCUGAACUUUCACCUGUACAGCGCGCUGAAGAAAGCGCUCUUCAAACCCGGAGCCUGGUUCAAAGGAAUCUUGUUGCCGCUGUGUGAAUCAGGCACAUGUACUCUGAGAGAAGCCAUCAUCAUCGGCAGCAUCAUCACCCGAUGCUCCAUCCCCGUACUGCACUCCAGCGCUGCCAUGCUGAAAAUCGCAGAGAUGGAGUACAACGGCGCCAACAGCAUUUUCCUGCGUCUGCUGCUGGAUAAGAAGUACGCGCUGCCCUUCCGCGUGCUGGACGCCCUGGUCGCCCACUUCCUGUCGUUUCGCACGGACAAACGGACGCUGCCGGUGCUGUGGCACCAGAGCCUGCUGACGCUGGUGCAGCGCUACAAAGCCGACCUGUCCUCCGAACAGAAGGAGGCGCUGCUGGAGCUGCUCAAGUGUCAGACGCACCCACAGAUUUCAGCCGAGAUCCGGCGAGAGCUGCACAGCGCCGAGCCGCGCGACGCCGAGGACGCUACGCCCGCCAUGACCGACGACUGAGACGCCGACUUUAAUCAUAAUGACUGUGUUGCAAUACGUUUCGCAUUUUUUGCAGUAAUGCAGUGUUCAUAUUUUUUGGACUAAACUUGGUUAGAACUUGUGUUUCGAGGUAAUAAAACCACGUUAUGUAAACUUCAGAAUGGAUUGUUUUCUGCUGAUGGGCGAAACGGGAUAUUCAAUAUUUAUGAAGGUUUUGUUAUAUUCUGAUGGCUUUUCACACUAUUUUGAGUUUAUUUUCAGUUUUUUGUGGGGUUUUUUCCGCUAAGGAAUAAAAGUAAUUUGCGACAUACUCAUGAUUUGUUAAAAACGUUUCGAGAACAAAGUUGAAAUUAUGAUAAUAAUGUCGAAAUGUGUCGAAUUAAGCGAAAUGACACAAAUAAAGUCGACACGUUUCGAGAGUAAAGUUGUGAUGUUUUGAAAGUAAAGUUGACAUGUUUCCUUCGAGAGUAAAGUCGAAACGUUUCAAGAGUAAAUUCGACAGGUUUGGAGAGUAAAGUCGCAACAUUUUGAGAGUCGACAUGUUUUGUUGUAAUUGUUGUAAUUUUUUUUUUUUU